GCCGUUGUCGACUCAGAGUCGCUUCCUCCAUGACUUCUUCCUCUGCAUUUCCCAUGGAGUAAGGCAACCAUGAAAACCCUAAUUUUCUCUCUCUAAAAUUCUAGGUUUCACCUCAUUUUGUGCCCUAAAGGUUUCCUAGAAAACCUAUUUCUUUGUCUGUCAAAGCUCUUGGAUUAUCAAUGGCUACUCUCAGGGACGCCUUUGGGAACGUGCUCUCUGUCUUCAUCCUCAUUCUCAUCGGUGUCCUUGCCUUCUCCAUUCGACUCUUCUCUGUUAUCAAGUACGAGAGUGUGAUCCAUGAGUUUGAUCCUUACUUCAAUUACAGAGUUACUCAGUUUCUAACAAAGAAUGGUAUAUAUGACUUCUGGAACUGGUUUGAUGAUCGCACCUGGUAUCCUUUGGGCCGUGUGAUUGGUGGAACAGUGUACCCUGGUUUGACAUUAACAGCAGGUUCCAUAUGGUGGUUUUUGAAUUCUCUUAACAUUCCACUCUCGGUGGAAACUGUUUGUGUAUUCACUGCUCCAAUAUUCUCAGCUUUUGCUUCUUGGGCAACAUACCUUUUGACAAAGGAAGUCAAAGGUGUUGGAGCUGGCCUGACGGCUGCUGCUCUUAUAGCAAUGGUGCCGUCCUAUAUUUCUCGAUCUGUGGCUGGAAGCUACGACAAUGAAGCUGUGGCAAUUUUCGCAUUAGUUUUUACAUUCUAUCUUUACAUAAAGACUUUGAAUACCGGAUCUCUCUUCUAUGCUACUUUGAAUGCUCUCUCAUAUUUUUAUAUGGUGUGUUCCUGGGGAGGUUAUACAUUCAUUAUCAACUUGAUUCCCAUGCAUGUGCUUCUGUGCAUUGUUACGGGGCGCUACUCUCCCAGAUUGUACAUUGCUUAUGCUCCUCUUGUCAUCUUGGGAACUUUGCUGGCCUCAUUAGUGCCGGUUGUUGGGUUUAAUGCAGUGCUGACAUCUGAACACUUCGCGUCAUUUUUGGUAUUUAUUAUUAUCCAUGUGGUGGCUCUUGUGUAUUACAUCAAAGGAGUUCUCUCUCCAAAAUUGUUUAAGGUUGCUGUGACACUUGUGGUGUCUAUUGGCAUGGCUGUCUGUUGCAUGGUGGUAGCAGUGCUUGUGGCAUUGGUGGCUUCGAGCCCAACAAAAGGGUGGAGUGGCCGCAGUUUGAGUCUUCUUGACCCAACUUAUGCAAGCAAGUACAUCCCUAUCAUUGCCAGUGUCAGUGAGCAUCAACCCCCAACGUGGCCGUCAUACUUUAUGGAUAUCAAUGUUUUGGCCUUCUUGGUUCCAGCUGGCAUUAUCGCAUGCUUUUUACCCUUAUCCGAUGCCAGCUCGUUUGUGGUCUUGUAUAUAGUAACAUCAGUUUACUUUUCAGGUGUCAUGGUACGUCUUAUGCUUGUACUUGCUCCUGCUGCUUGCAUCAUGUCUGGCAUUGCUCUUUCUGAAGCCUUUGAUGUGCUGACACGAUCAGUCAAAUUACAAUUACCUGAAUUGGUAGAGGGCACCGCCUCCACUGCAGAGGAUACCCCUUCCGGCUAUGGAUCUGUCCAAAAUGAAGCAGCAAAGUCUGAAAGUUCUUUAGAGAAGUUAGAUGACAGCUUGAGGGAACGACCAUCGAGGAAACACAGGAAGAAAGAAAAGGAAAAUGUGGAGAAGGCUUCGUCGAAGCCCCGGAAAGAGAAGCGACUGCUUGUUUUGCCUUUGGUGGCUUCUGCUGUCGCCAUUUUCCUACUCAUUAUGCUCGGGAGCUUUUAUGUGGUUCAUUGUGUCUGGGCUGCAGCAGAAGCUUAUUCAGCCCCUUCAAUUGUCCUAACAUCUCACUCACAUGAUGGAUUGCAUGUCUUUGAUGAUUUCCGUGAAGCUUAUGCAUGGUUACGUCAUAAUACCGAGGUGGAUGAUAAGGUUGCGUCAUGGUGGGACUAUGGAUACCAAACAACUGCAAUGGCAAACCGGACAGUCAUUGUCGACAACAAUACCUGGAACAACACACACAUUGCUACUGUCGGCACAGCCAUGUCUUCUCCUGAAAAACCUGCUUGGGAGAUUUUUAAUUCCUUGGAUGUCAAAUAUGUUCUUGUUGUUUUUGGAGGUCUCGUUGGCUAUCCGAGUGAUGAUAUCAAUAAGUUCCUAUGGAUGGUUCGCAUUGGAGGAGGAGUAUUCCCUCAUAUUAAGGAGCCGGAUUAUCUUAGGGAUGGGCAAUAUAGAAUCGACUCUCAGGCCACUCCAACCAUGCUUAAUUGCCUGAUGUACAGGCUUUCAUAUUACAGAUUUGUGGAGACAGAUGGUAAAGGAUUUGAUAGAGUUCGAAGGACCGAAAUAGGGAAGAAAUAUUUUAAGCUCACACAUUUUGAGGAGGUUUUUACGACUCAUCAUUGGAUGGUGAGGAUUUACAAGUUGAAGCCUCCAAAGAAUCGGAUUAGAGGAAAGACAAAGAAAUCAAAAUCGAGUUCAAAGUCCAGCAAGUCAUCCAGCAUAAAGAGCACCACAAGGAGAAAUCCUUGGCAUUGAUAUAUAAAGAGAAACAAAUCAUAGUUUUCGGCUUGUUUGAUUAUUUAAUGUACGUGAUAUUAGGUCUUUGAACGAGGCCAUGCAGUCUUGUUAAAUGUUCUGCAUUUUGACUCACCUAGAAGAUUUUGCAGCUUCAUUUUCUCUUGUGGAGGGGGAAGAAACAAAGAGGACAACGAAUUUGUGCUGUAUAACAUGUUGAGCUCUAGAUGAUUCUAACGUGAGAACGGAAGUACAUCUUGAAAAAUAGGUUGAGGGAUAUGUUCUUAAUGUAUGCAAGAGAAUUCUCUUAGCACAUCUAGUUGUUAAAAAUCUCUCUUCUCGCGCGUGCCUCAAA